GGAUGUGAAGCGGCGCAUGCGAAGGCGGCACAGCACGGGAGGUGCAGAUUUCCCGGGAUACACAAUACUGCUACACCGGGCGGAUCCCGCACACAACUGACAGCCGGCUCCGCCCUUCUCUGCACAGUGACGCAGCACUGAUCAGCUGGCAGACGCGGCUCUGUGCCCGGAGACGGUGAGUGCUCUGCAUUGUGCCAUGAGACUGCUGCGGCACAAGAUCCAGCUGUGGGCAGGUUUGCUGCUGCCGGAGCUCAGUAUUACGGGAAUGAGUGAGCUGCGCUUCCCUGAAGAGAAACCCCUACUGAGAGGGCAAGACACUGAGAUGGAAUCAGCCGAUACUUUCCUUUCUGCAUCCAUCGACACUGACUGGAAGGAACAUGACAUUGAGACGCCCUAUGGCAUGCUGCAUGUCGUUAUACGGGGCACGCCAAAAGGCAAUCGCCCGGCAAUACUCACAUACCAUGACGUAGGCUUAAACCAUAAGCUUUGCUUCAAUACCUUGUUCAAUUACGAAGACAUGCAGGAGAUCACCAAGCACUUUGUUGUUUGUCACGUAGAUGCCCCAGGACAGCAGGUGGGAGCCUCCCAAUUCCCACAGGGGUAUCAGUACCCCACCAUGGAAAACCUGGCCGGCAUGUUACCGAGCGUGCUGCAGCACUUUGGCUUUCAGAGCAUCAUUGGCAUUGGCGUGGGCGCUGGGUCGUAUGUCUUGGCCAAGUUUGCUCUAAUAUUCCCGGAACUGGUAGAAGGUUUGGUUCUGCUAAACAUUGAUCCCAAUGGAAAAGGCUGGAUUGACUGGGCGGCCUCCAAGCUGUCUGGACUGACCAGCUCCCUCACGGACACCGUGCUGUCUCACCUCUUCAGCCAGGAGGAAUUGAUGAACAACACAGAGCUGGUGCAGAAUUACCGCCAGCAGAUCAGCAGCUGCGUCAACCAGAACAAUCUGCAGCUUUUCUGGACCAUGUACAACGGCCGAAGAGAUCUGGAGAUGAACCGUCCAGGGACAGUACCGAACGCCAAGACUUUGAAGGCUCCGGUCAUGCUGGUGGUUGGAGAUAAUUCCCCAGCUGAAGACAGUGUGGUUGAAUGUAAUUCUAAACUUGAUCCAACAAACACAACAUUCCUGAAGAUGGCCGAUUCUGGUGGACUUCCUCAAGUGACACAGCCUGGAAAACUGACAGAAGCCUUUAAAUAUUUCCUCCAAGGAAUGGGAUAUAUUGCUUCCCUGAAGGAUCGGAGACAGAGUGCCAGUGCAGUGCCCUCCGCCAGCAUGACCCGACUCGCCCGUUCUCGCACAGCUUCUCUCACCAGCGCCAGUUCUGUGGAUGGAGGACGCCCACGGCCCUGCACCCAGUCAGAAAGCAGCGAGGGGAUUGGGCAGAUCAAUCACACCAUGGAAGUGUCCUGCUGAAGAGUUGCAACCAGCACCUUCUCCCCCAAGUCCCCCUCUUCCCCAUUCAUUACCCAUCUCUUCUUUGCAAGUUCUGCUUCCUGCACCCCUCCCCCUCUAAACAGCGUCUGGCGUUUCUUGGGGAUCCAAAAACCUGGGUGACAGUAGUUCAUCUGGUGUGUUGUCUCUUAGUUCCCCUUGUGAUUGGAAUUAACAGGGGUAAGAGCAGAUAGGCGUGGGGGUAAGUGGUGGAUGAGAUUUAUAUAGAGGGAAAGAUGUGGUAGUCAUCCCAUGCUGCAGAAGACUGACUCUUCUCUGUAGAGGUGUAGAAUUAGGGCAGAAUAUUGGUGGUUUUGGUGAGAUUAAUUUUAAGCCCAUGGACAGAGAUUGCUGGGUGAGGUGGAAGUAAACUGGAGAUCUGUUUAUGGCACGUAAACAUUGCGACCAUACAUUUUAUACUUGAUGGUUCGGAUCUACAGGUCACAAUACGAUACUGUUGAAUUGAGACCUGAUGUUUUCCAGAUAAAAACGGUAAAGCUGGGAUUUAUGCAUUUUAAGAGAAGAUCCAGAGAUGUCCAUGUAUAGCACAGAUCAGGAACAUGCCCAGAAGCUGGGAUUGGGAGAUCUUUAGAAGAGAACAGAAAGUGGAGAUCUGUUGAUGAUAAUCUAGAGCUGGGAUCUGGAAAUCGUCAGAUAACACCAUGAAUGGGUGGUUUCACAGUCUUCAAUGGACAGGGUUGUCAGUAGGUAAGGUAGACUCUACAAGUCCAAUGUGUUGAAGGACAUAGUUGGGGAGGUUGGGUGUAUCUGGCAACUCAGAAGUUAAUAUUGAUUGUAGAAUUCUGGUAUGAGAUUUGUUGUGGUGGGUGAGAAACAUGUGGACAGUUAGGGGUUAUCUUUGCGUAGAUUUGAACAUUUUCCUUAUUUUUAGCGGUGUCCUGUCUCCCCUGUCCCCUUAUCUUGAUGUCUCUUCCCCAUCCAUCACCUGCGUGUCCUGCCGAUCUAGACAUUAUUCUACGUUCUAGGCGUAUUCACUCCUCUUCCUCUCCUCUGACCGUUCCCAGAUCCUGUCUGUGUGUGCAGUGACUCUGUACUCAUAUAUGUCUAUUGUGGUGGUGAAUGCUUCUAGUUGCAUUAAGCCAUCAGUACAAAUAACUCCAUGUUAGUAAUGGAAAAAAUUCAAGAAAUCUCAAUAAAAGUCUGAAAUCUGCACAUUUUCUUUA